AUGAAUUCAGACACUCAACCAUACGAUACCAGUUUCGUCACUUCGCCGCUAGUCAAGGUCCUGGUCGGCUCCGAGCAGGACCAGAUCCAGUUCCAAGUCCACGAAGGCUUGAUAAGCCACCAAUCCGACUUCUUCGCCAACGCACUGAAGCCCGACCGAUGGGCGGAAGGAGAUAGCAAAGUCAUUAAGCUUCCAAAUGAAGACCCAGAAGUCUUCCACAUGUACCUCGCCCAUCUCUACCGCCCGGACAUUGCCAUCGCUGCAGUCAUCGCGCGCGCAGACAUUCCUCUUGGGCAAGUCUUUGUCAAAACCUGUAAGGUCUACGUCCUUGCCGCCAUGCUCAUGGAUGAACCAACCAAGAACAACUUCCGCCACGAGAUGGCUAGGCUUACCGCACCGAAUGUCCUACCUGGAGCAAAUGCUGGCCCGUCACUUAUUCCGACUACCGAAGCUAUCGUCAGCAUCUACACGGGCACGGUUGACGGCGAUCCCGCCCGCAACCUCCUCGUCAAUCUCUUCACCGAACACGGAAAUGCUACCAAUGGAGCCGCCCUAAUUGCCGAGCCUGCCGAUAACCUUCCCCAAGCCUUCCUCAAAGAUCUGAUGGCAAGCUUGCUUGCCAACCGACGGCCGUCGAAGGAGGUUUAG